ACAUCCACUCUGACCCUCAAUCUCUCGUCGGGAUGACUGAUGAAAUCGGGGACAUAUUUGUCGGACUAGGAAGCAGCAUAAUCAAGGAUGUCAAAUUCAGAGACAGCUGGGUGUUUGCUGGAGGCUCCGGGACAAAAGAGAAAAGCCCCUUUGAUAAGCCUCAGCCCAUGCUGGCCUGCUGUCGGACCGAGAUGGAGAGCAGGGUCAGGGUCAAGGUGCAGAGGACCAGGAGGGCCCAGGAAGGCAGGUGGACCACCACCUCAGCCAGAGAGUCAGGAAGUGAGGGGGUCAGUGAUCUGAUCAUCCAGCUCAAGAAGCCACUCAACCCGGUCAGAGUCUCCAAGAGCCACCAGGAGCUCCACAGGGAACUAAGGAUGACACACAAGACGUGGGGCUUGCACAAGGUAGCGCACACACGCAUGCUGAACAUACAUACGAACACGCGCACGCACACACACACACACACAGACAUCAACUGCCUUAAUUUUUCUCUGACAGAGGUCCAUGUCUGGAGGGGAAGCCAGAGCUCCAGCAUGUUCUGGAACAGAGGAACUGGGAACAGGGGAGAGGCAGAGGAGGAGAAUAAGAACAGGUUCUCUCUCCAACAGGAACUGCUCAAGAGGCAUCAGAGGCUGAAGGAGCUGGAGAGAGAGCUAAAGGCACAAAAACAGUGCCUGCAGAGUUCCCCAGAGUUCAUCAGAGUUAAAGAGAGCCUGAGAUGCACCACCAUACUGGAUGUGGGGAGAAGGCAGUUUAAAAGGACUGACUGACAGGAAGCUGUGUAAAGUAUGGUUAGAGUGGCAUGCUGUUGUUAGAGCAUCUCCAUGAAGUGUAGAUAGGAUGGUGGGGAUACGCGACUACAUGGAGGUGUAGUAGUGAAGGCGAAGGAAUACAGUAAGUAUCCUGGCAGAAUCUCAAUUGCAUACUCCUUGUGUCCUCUCUCCUCACCUCUUUCUCAAAAGCCAUUGAAGGAGAAAGCCGGAGGUCCCUCCCCUCUGACCUUCUUCUCCAAUGGCUUUUAGAGAAGGGGAGAGGAGAGUGGACGCAAGGAGUAUGCCAUUGAGAUUUUCCCCGACUGGUUGACAUUGAGCUAUUGGAUCUUGUUGACAGAUCAUGUUGGUUGGAUAGUAUGCUUGGCAUGGUUCAGCUGCAUGGGAGUACAGAUAAUAAUAAUAAUAAUGUAUAAUUUAUUCAACCUUUAUCACGCUAUUCAUUACAUGAAGAAAUCUCAAAGCGCUGUAAAGCAACAACAACAAAAAACAAGCAAUUUAACAUCAUUAAUCAUCAUGAGUAGAUUGAUGGUCAAGAGACUGAAGGUGAGAUCAGUGGAGGGAGGUGGUGGGGAAAGAUGGAUGCAUGCAUGGUGCAGAUUGGUACCUGAACAUGUCUUCGACGUGUUCAUUUGGCCAUUGAAGAACAUCUUUACUUACUCCAAUUAGGGAUUGAGUCCCUCCUAGCCUGGUCCCAGAUUUACUUCUGUUGUCUUGCCAACCUCAUAUGAACAUGUUUUGCAUGACAACAACCAUCGGAUCUGGCUAUACAUCACAAACAGAUCUGGAACUUGAUGACUUGCUUAAAGCUUGAAAGGGUUACAAAAGUAUCUCUAAAAAAAUUCAAGUUAAAUGGAUUUCCAUCUCAUUUUCAACUCUACUGAUGGUUUUGUCACUGAACAUGUUGCUGUUUAAUAGCGAAUGUGCCCACUCUGGUCAUGGCAUGUGUGCUCUAGGUAACAGCUCCUAGAUACAGUGUUGGAAUAGGCUACAUGAUGAGAAACUUAUGGACAAAAAGAGCCCGAUUAUGUUUUAUUUGUCAAAUGGCAGCCAAGCAUCAAUCAUCAUGUCAUCAUGUCAUUAAAAUAAGACCCUCAAUAUGUAUUGGAAAGGAGCAUCAACCUCAUCACCGUGCACCUUUUCCACACUGCAAAGUUCAUGACUUAUUCCAUCUGUAGCCUAAUAACCUGCAUGCUUUCAUAAUGGGAGGACCACACAAUAUCAUCAUGUGACUCCAAGUUUACUUUUAUAUGAUGGUUAUUAUAUAAAUACCUGCGCAUAAAGGCAUUUCCACCACCAUUUCUCACAUACAGUGGCAAGAAAAAGUAUGUGAACACUUUGUA